AUGCCCCUGACCAUGCUUCCCUCCCAUACAUCCCUUCUCCCUCCCUCCCACGCCUCCUCCCCACCCUUCCCCAUCCCCUCCUCUUCCAGCAAGUGGUCGUUUGCAGCAGCAGACGCCCUCACCCCCUUCCUGCGCCUGCUCGACCCAGAGGCAGCGCACCGCCUCGCUCUCCUCUCAGCGGAGCUCUCCCUCGUGCCGCACGAGCACCGCCCCGACCCGCCGUCCCUCUGCAUUGCCCUCUGGAACCGCAUCUUUCCCAACCCUGUGGGGCUGGCUGCGGGCUUUGACAAGGAUGGCCGCGCAGUGGAUGGGAUUCUGGGCAUGGGUUUUGGGUUCAUGGAGAUUGGCAGUGUUACUCCUGCGCCGCAGCCGGGGAAUCCUAAGCCAAGAGUUUGGAGGAUCCCGGAGCAAAAGGCGGUGAUUAACCGGUACGGGUUCAACAGUGAGGGCAUAGCAGCAGUGGCGGAGCGGCUUGGCGCGCAGCAGGGCAGGCGGCGGGCCGUGGAGAAACCUGAGGGGCUCAAGACGGGCAAGGACCGCGCUGCAGCCCCCGCAGCCGCAGGGGGGAGCGCGGGCAGGCGCGGGCUGGUGGGGGUGAACCUGGGGAAGAACAAGUGGACGGACGACGCUGCUGAGGAUUUCGUGCAGGGCAUGCACACCCUCGCACAGUAUGCGGAUUUCCUCGUCGUGAAUGUGUCCUCGCCCAAUACCCCCGGACUGAGGAAGCUGCAGGGGCGGCGGCACCUGCACGGGCUGCUCAAGGAGGUGCUGGCCGCGCGGGAGGAGAUGCAGUGGGGCGAGGACGGCCCCCCGCCGCUGCUGCUCAAGAUCUCCCCGGACCUCUCACAGCAGGACAUGGCCGACAUUGCCGCUGUUGCCCUCUCUCUCAAGCUCGAUGGCCUGAUAGUGGGCAACACAACGGUGUCGCGGCCUGACUCUGUGCUGGGCCUACUGCAUGCAGAUGAGCCCGGGGGCCUCAGUGGCCGCCCGCUCUUCGACCCCUCCAUGCACACACUGCGCGAGAUGUAUCGCCUCACUAAGGGUCGGAUCACAUUAAUAGGAUGUGGAGGCAUCUUCAGCGGCGCCGAUGCGUAUGCCAAGAUACGCGCGGGAGCAUCGCUGGUGCAGAUAUACACAGCCAUGGUGUAUGAGGGUGCAGGAGUGCUGCCCAGAAUCAAGCGUGAGCUAGCAGAGUGUCUGGCACGGGAUGGGUUUGAGUCGGUGGAGGAUGCAGUGGGUGCCGACCACAGGGCAUGA